AUGGUCUCCCAAGAAAUUGCAACUUCAGAGACUGAGAUAUCCCCACCAUCUGUCAAGAAAGCGACGGAAUUUUCCCCACUAAGAAAGAAGCACAUUGUGCUAGCAGGCACCUUAUUUUCCUUUAAUGGCUCCCUCGGUGCUUCACUUCCCUCCGGAGCUUCAUCAUCCAUUGCACAGGAAUUCCAGCUCUCUGACAAUGAUACCCGCAUUGUUCUUUUAAACUCACUUUAUCUCCUCGGUUUCAUAGUCGGUCCAUUGCUCUUCGGACCCCUGAGUGAAUGCGUUGGCCGUCGACCAGUCCUCAUUGGGACGUAUAUAGCAUUUGUACUGUUUACCCUCGGAUGUGCUCUAUCGCCCACGUUUGAAUCUCUCCUCGUCUUCCGGUUUUUCUGCGGAGUAAAUGGGUCAGUCCCCAAUGCCCUUCUGGGUGGGCUGUACAGUGAUAUCUACGAUGAUGCCGAGCAACGCGGUACAGCCAUGUCCAUUUUCAUGUUCACCGGCAUGGCCGGCCCAAUGGCCGGGCCUUUGGUCUCCGGGGUCAUAGUUCUACUCACUUGGCGCUGGGUAUUCUGGGUGGCUCUGAUUACUGCCGGGGCCUGUGUCCCAUGUAUACUGUUGCUACCAGAGACAUAUCUCCCUGUCCUUAUCCAAAGGGCGCAGUUGAAGAGCUCUCUCAACCCGAGUGCUGGCCAGCCGAAUAGGGGACAGGAAUUUUCAGCAAGAAAAAUAUUCAUUCGGCCGUUUGUUAUGCUACUGACGGAGGCUAUUGUUGCAUUCACCUCUCUGUACCUUGCAGUCAUCUAUGCGGUGCUUUUCUUGUUCUUCCAAGCUUACCCGGUCGUCUUUCAAGGGUUGUAUGGUCUUUCUGUCAGCGAAAAUGGGCUGGCCUAUAUACCCAUGAUUUUCGGUUCCUUUGUUGGCCUCUGUGUUGCGCUGCAGGCCCUAGAAUCAGGGAAAUCCUGGGCUUCGGUUGAAGAAUACCGCCGACUUCCACUGGGAUGUAUUGGCGGCUUUUCAAUAGCCAUUGCUCUUUUCUGGCUCGGCUGGACCUCUUAUGAAUCCAUCCACCCAGCUUUGCCUAUGAUGGCCGGUGUAUUCUUUGGUUUCGGAUAUCUGCUAGUAUUUAACGCCAUGUUAAACUACCUCACAGAUGCUUAUAAAGAAGCUUCGGCAUGUGCCCAGGCAGCAGCUAGCGCUACGAGAGCUAUAAUGGCAGUCGUCCUGCCGUUUGCUGCGAACCCCAUGUACACUAGAUUAGGGAUUCACUGGGCGAACUCGCUUUUGGGGUUCUUGGCGUUUGCUCUGGCCUGUAUACCGUUUGCUUUUAUUCGGUAUGGCCGGUUGAUUAGGCGGAAAAGUGGCGCCGCGGUUGAAAUGAUAUGA